UUUUUGAGAUUUGGCCAUCAUUUGGGCUUGAUUUGUGAGUUAUGAGAAUCUGCCAAAGAUUAUCAGGUUUUUCAUUUUUUAGAUUCCUUUUGCACAUAAUCUUUCUGAAACUUCAAGAAAAUUGGAACGAUAUUAUUCAGUUAUUCGACAGGAUACUUGGAGGCUGGAGCGAUUUGAUCCUGUGUGCGUACUGCGCAUGUUAUUGGAUUUUGAUCUGCGCUGGUUAUUUUUCUGUCAUUCGAAAUCUAAUUGAUUGGCGUGGACAAAAUGAAGAAACCAAAGAAGCAGGCUGUUCGACACAAGGAUAAGAACACCUUUAAGUUCAAGUCCUUCAACGAGCGAAUCUCGGAGAUAUCGGUGGAUGCUCGCCAGAAUCUGUUUGCCACUGCUUUUGAACCCGUUGGAGAGGAAUCGUUCUUCUUCGAAAACUACAAUAAAUGGCUAGAUCUGAAUCGCACGCAGCAUUUUGCGGACUUUCAGAAAGAUGUCCGGAACAAAAUAAAUAGUUAUGCCAUGAUAGUUCACCACAAAGAUACGAUCGUGGCUGCCUUGUUGAGGCAUCUGGCGGUGGAGAACAGCCUCGCUCUGGAACCGCUUUUGGACUUGACUGCCAGUCUUGCCAGAGAUCUCCAGGAAGAUUUUUACCCUUACUUCGGCGAUUUUUUUCGCACCCUUUCGGAUUGUGUCACGGAAUCAUCCGAUCCUGAAGCCAUAGAAUGGAUUUUCCUUUGCUUCUCCCAGAUGUUUAAAAUACUGCGCAAACCGCUCUCCAGAGAUUUCGAGAACGUCUUUCGGUUAAUCCUUCCCCUGUUUGGAAAUCAGAAAGAAUAUAUUAUCCGCUUUGCGACCGAAUCGUUUGCGUUUUUGGUUCGAUCCUACAAAGAUAUACGGGCGAUUCUGGAUUUCUUGCUUCUUCACUGUCUGCAGAACGCUGAUCUGGCGAACGGCAUUGGAUCUCUCAUUUUCGAAGUCGUAAAAAAUGUUAACCAUCACUUACACUCCAAUUUUGCAAAGGUUUUAGCGUUCUUGGUGGAAAUAUUACACGACAAAAGAUUUUAUCUGAUUGAGCCAUCGGAAGCUAUAACCGAAGGAGAGCAAUUUUCGAUUGCUUAUCCUGUGGAAUGUUGUGUUAUCCGUUUUACAGAACUUUUAGCCGGUCAUGUUUCGAAAGAGACGUGGUCGUCAUUAUGGGACGCCUUUUGGACGGCUGUUCUUCCUUGCACCAGUGAAAGAUGUACCUAUUCCCUUAUUAUCCUUUCUGGUCUAAUCAAAGCAAAACACGGCCACUUAAUUCAUUGUCCAGAAAAGACUUUGCAGCAAUUUUUAGUUCUUUGUGAUAAUCAUACGAAGUGGACUUCCAAAGAUGCCGACUUGAUCGCCAGCAUUGCAUCUGACCUGCUGCUAUAUCCACAUUUACACCUUCCGGUCCUGGAACGGCGGAAAGUUGCUCUCAAAGUUUUUCGUGGGCCCAUGACUUUUGAACAGAAGUGUGCCUUCGCGGUAUCUGUGAUUGAGGAUCCACUUUACGAAUCCGAAAUUUUGCCUCAUUUAUUGAAACUGUGCUUGGAGUACUGCCGCGGGGAUAAUUUAGAAAUCGGUUUGCGUACUCUUAUACAGCUGAUAAUCCAUAAGGAUUCCAGUCAGUUUGAAAUAGAGACGAUGGACUCAUGGAGACCUUACUAUCUUGACAUGACUCUUGCUGAAGUCAAUUCAUCGAAUCAGAGUUUAUCGGAAAAACUGAACGCUUUUGUCAUGAAAGCCGUGGGACGUGCGGAGGAAUUUCAAAGUACACAUCCGCUCCGGUGGAGUUUGUUGUGGUCAGUGGCAGUGCUGGUGCCUCACUUUCGACCAAAACUGGACGACGCGAUUAUUCUAGCAGUACAGAACAAAAUUUUGGAUGGCUUUUCAUGUCUUUCCCAAGAAUUUCUGUGUAAUCCAAGGAUUUCGAUCUGGGUCACCACCGCCUUGGCCGCAUCGUUACGUAGCGGGAUUGCCAUGAAAUGUGUGGCAUAUGAUAACGCUAACAUUCAGCAGACCUUAUCCGUUUUGAAGAAAAACGGAUCGGAUUUGGAAAUUCUCUACCUUACUGCCCUUGCCUUGCAUUACAAUCCCGAUCAAAUGACUCAAGAAUUGUUGAAUUGCCUUCCCGUUCUGAAAAGAAAUUUGAGAAAUCCAUCGCAUGCGGUGCGGCUGAUCAGUCUGCAUAUCCUCCGUGCCUUGCCCCUAGGGCAUGGAAUUUCGCGAGUGUUGGACAUCUGUGUACAGGCCGAGAGCAUUGAAGUGUCGGUACAACAGUACCGUGAAAAACUGCGAUUUUUAAGGAUGUUAGAUAAACAGCAAGUACUGGCACUGCCUGAGAUUUCCGCUGCCGAUUUAGACAUUCCGUUACUGUACUUGCUGGGAUCGCUUAAAAUCGGUUUCCAGCUUAUUUGGAAGGAAGUUAAACAGCUGAUCGGCACGUAUGUUCCUAGUUUUCAUGACCAGAUCGUUUGGGGGGUUAUAUCAUCCGAACUCGAGGCGGUGUCACUGGAGGCCGAAUCUCCUUCACAAAAGCUGACAGCUGACGAUGAGAAGAUGGACUUGUUGAGCGAGGAAAUAUUGGAUUUUUUGAAAAUUCGCAGUGAGAACGACUCUCAUCCGCUGGAUGCGCAAAAAUACCGCAUUCAGUUGUGGCAGUGUUUGACUGAAGUGGCCGAACAGAUCGAGAACCGAAACCGAUAUUUUUCGGAACUUUUCCAGCGUUUUGUGAGACGUGAGUUUGUUCCUGCAACGCUUUGUUACGCUCUGCUGGAAACUGCAAGCGACUUGAAUGAAAUGCAGUCAACUAGGAAGUCUCGAGCAUUUGCAGAGGAAACAGUUUGCACCAUGCUGGAACUAUUUGGAAAUUUUCGCAACCCGAUGGCAUUCUUUCAAGAGCCUGUCCUGCGGAAAUACUUUUUGGGGCUUUUAACUUAUCGCUCUCCCAAAAUCCAAGCCUUAGCACUUAAAGUCCUCUUCAGAUACAAAUGGGAAUACUUACAGCCUUACGAAGAGCCCCUGAAUAAUUUGCUGGACGAAAAAUCUAUCUGGAAUACUUUAACUGAGAUAGAAUUCGGGGCUGCCAAUCCGGUUAUUGCUCCUGAACACCGAAGCGCAGUUGUUCCCAUUGUUAUCAGGAUGCUUUUUGGAAGAAUGCAGCAGAAAUCCAAACGUCGUAACACUGAAAAGGGAGCUCCGAAAGGCCGCAAGGAGGCGAUAAUUCGGUCUUUGGCUAAUUGCCGUCCGGAGGAAUUCGAACUGUUUCUGUCCUUCGUGCUGAAACCAGUGGCCGCCCUAUUGAAAUAUGAUACUGAGGUCAAUGUCCAGAAAAUUCUGAAAGGCGAAACUAUUGCAGUUAAUUUGAAAGUUCUGGAUGGGAUUUUACAAACCAUGGUUGCCGUUAUUGACGAAUUUCGAUCUGUUGCUGCGCCGCACAUUCGAUUGGUCCUUAAAACAGUUUUGUCGCUGCUGGCAGUUUUGGUUGCAAGAAAGAAUCGGGUGGAAGAUUCUUCUGAUACUGUCCUUGCCGGAGGAAUACUACGUAAACUGCGCAAGGAAUGCUACCGCUGUCUGUGCUUGAUUUGUUCCGUUUUCCCGGCGAUUAUCUUUUCGGAUUCCGAAAUGAAAGCGUUUUUUAAUUGCGCCGUCCUUCCUGAGGUCGAUAACACACUGCGGGAUGGUUUAAGUACGUGUACGCCAUUAAUGCGUUUGCUGUCCGUGUGGUGCUGCAACCAGUCAUACCAAUCUCUUAUGACAAUCCCGAUAAGAACUUCGAACGAAACCGCACUAUCCGUUUUAAUCUGUCUUCUGAAUCCUGAGAAUAAUCCCAAGUCAGUCAGUGUCAAACUGGUAGUGGAAUGCCUGGAUGGAUUAUUGAACCCCAAGGUGAAUCCAGAAAACGAGUUACCCGUGGACGCUGAUAUUACAGUAGAAGCACAAAAAAUGGUUACGCCUUACGUGAAUGAGAUCUUGCAAUAUUUUCGUGGCCAGCUGGCUGGGCUGAAUACAACAAAAGCAGCAAAGGUGUCAAGAAAGAUUAUUCCAUUCAGUGAUACGGAACUGAACGUUGCCUGUGCCGUCAGUGGAUUGGAGUUGCUGGCUGCACAAGCGCAUUUAUUGUUGGACGUAUUGCUUCCAUUCAUAGCAAUCUCACAACUGAAAAAAGAGCAAGAUCUGUUAAGAUUGUUGGAAAUUGUAAAACGUUUGGUUGAAAAAAUCGAAAAGGAAUCGUCGAAUAAUGUUAUACAACAGAUAAUCCCGCUGUUAUCCAGGGAUUUUUCAUCAGACUGUCGGACAGUAAUUUGUCAAACGAUAACGGUUUUAAGCAGCAGGUUUCAUUUGGAAGAGCUUCGAAAGUUUUCGCGUGUUGCUACCGAUUUGUCAGCCUGGAAUACUCGCCAUAUUCAUGAGCCAGAUUUCGAUAAACGCCUCGCUGCAUAUAAAGCUGCAAAAGACGAGCUUGGGGUGCCGGAUGUCCGCCUUGAUUAUGCCUUGCUGGUUUUACAUAUGGCUGCUUUCGACAUUGUAAAGAGUAAUGAUAUCGCAUCAGCAACGCUCAGGAGUAUGGGAGGCAUAUGCAUUACCGAAAUUUUACGAAUUUUUUCCAUUAGAAAAGACAGUGGUAUUAUACUGAAACAUCUUUUGCCAAUAUUUAAAAAUUCCCUGAAAAGCACCGAUGAGGGUGUUAGGAAUGAAUUUAUCUCCAUUAUGAGCGCCGUGGCGCAGUAUUUUCCCGAGCAUUCCGUUUUCAAAACGAUGCAGAUCCUUAGAAAUGCCGACGAUCCGGAAAUGGAUGUCUUCGACAAUCUUCGACAUAUCCAGAAGCACCGUGUGGGUCGAGCGUUCCACAGACUGUCGAUGUUGUGUCAAGAAGAGACAAUUCCUGUUUCGGUGAUCCUGCAGUAUUUCUUCCCUUUGGCCAAUGUUUAUCUCUGCAAUGAACAAUAUGCUGGGGAAAAAAUGCAGGGCCUGAUUAAUGCGAUCAUUGCGCUGAUCGAAGCGGUUGCUGGAAAAGUGCAGUGGGGAAAAUACGAAACAAUGGUGAAGUUCUAUUUAAAUCUGCUAGUGAGGAAGCCGCUGUAUCAGAAACAGAUCAUUCGUGUGGUGGUCGCUGUGAUUGAUGCGUUCCAUUUUGACAUGUCGUCGUUGGACGUCGGCCGCUCGGUGGGAAAAACCAUCGCUGGCAGUGAUGCUUUUCUGGAAGAAACCGGUAUUGCUGAUUUGGAAGAGGGUGUGAUUCGAAACGUUAUCACCGAAGGAGAUUCGACCGCGACCAAAGCUAAAGCCGGCAAAAUUUAUCGGUCACUUACCCAGUUCAUCCUCCCCAAUCUGUCCAAAUUAAUUAUCGACAAAAGUGAGGGCGACGAUCGGCAUAAAUUAACCGCAGAUGUGGCAGCCAAUGAAAAGACCGAACUUCUCCGAGCGCCGGUGGCACUGGCUAUGGUGAAAUUAUUGCAGAAACUGCCUGAAAAAAUCCUUAGUCGGCAUAUAUCUGGAGUAUUUUUACGGAUUGCCGGUUUACUGAAAUCUCGCUUGUUGAGCGUUCGACAGUCCGCCCGGGAAACUCUGACGGAAAUCAUGCUGAGCCUUGGACCAUCGUACUUAUUACCCUUAAUUAAAGAGCUCAAAGGAGUUUUAAAACGAGGUUACCAGGUGCACGUUCUGGUACACUGCGUGCAUCUGGUGUUGACGCGUCUGUUGCCGAUAAUCAAAGUCGGGGAUUUAGAUCGUUGCAUGGAGGAUUUAGUUCAGCUAUGCCAAGACGAAAUGUUUGGAGAAUUGUCUGAAGAAAACGAAGUAUCUGCAUUAACCAGGAAAAUUGCCGAAGCGAAAAGCGUCAAGUCGUACGAUAUGUACGCUAUUCUAGCGCGUUUCGCAUCGCCGGGUGUUCUUGUCAACCUUCUGAAACCGAUCAGAGAGAAAGCUGAAGAAACACAGUCGCAUAAAGUGGCGGUUAAGCUGGACAAAGCACUGCGCGAAAUAUUAUUUGGUUUGAUGAACAAUGCCCAACUGACGGAAUCUGAUUUGCUGCUGCUAGGAUUCGCCUUGGCAAAUCCAAGUAUGGGAUUGUUUGGCGACAACGGAAAAAGAUCUGGAAAAUCUAAUGACACAACAGUUCUCAGUGAACGAGUUGAUUCGUAUUUAAUCCCAGCGGAACCCAAGCGAUCGGGACCGACUCCGGUCAGCAACAAGAAAUCGAACGACUUUCUUCUACAGGAUUUCAUGCUUCGUCUGUUAUUGGCAUCUUUCAAAAGCGGACGACUGAAGACGGGCAAUGAUGAUCAUAUGCAGAAGCUGGACCCUUUCGUCCGUAUUGUAAAGCAGUGUCUAGACUCCAAACAAGUUACGGUAAUGACCAGUGCGCUGCGGUGUUAUAUCUGGAUGCUGAAAUUCCAACUACCUUCAUUGGAAACUGAAAUGAGCAGUAUUAUGAAAAGCCUUUUCGUCCAUCUGAAGAACUAUUCCGGUCCGGGAGCGGCGGUUGGAGAGAACGCUGACCUUGUGAUUGCUAUUUACAAAGCCUUGAGUGCAUCAGUGAGGGAUGCCACUAGCCAUACCAUUUCUGAUAAGCACUUGAAGGUGCUUCUAAGUUACGCCGAAAACGAUUUUCGAGAAAGUUCCAAACAAGUCCUGGCUUUUAACGUUAUUCGAGCUAUUCUGACACGGUUCCUUUAUACGACGGAACUGCGUGAAAUGAUGGUAGAAUUAUCCAAAAUGUCCAUUCAGAGUGAACAACAAAAUCUGCGAAAUCAAUGCCGACAGCUGGUCUUCACUUUUCUUUCUACCUACAACGCGAGGAAAAUCAAACUAAAGGAAUUUGUUGACCUUUACGAAGAUAAUUUGGAGUACCCCACUGAGCAGGGGCGGCUGAUGAGCAUGGGCAUGCUCAGCGAUUUGUUCGAGAAAUUGGGCGAGGGGUUCAAAAAGGACCACUCUGUUCCGCUUUUCCAGCUAUUCGCUGCGCGUUUCAGUGACGAAAGUGCAGUUUGUCGUCAAACCGCCGCUGAAUGCAUUGCAAAUUUACUUCAAGCGGUUGAUACGGAAAACGACCUGGAACAGAUCUUCAAAUGGAUUCGGCGUUGGGUAGUUGACACCGAGAUUUCCAUCAAAAGAAUUGGUUUACAAGCGUGCUCUUUGUUUGUGAAGAAGGAGAAAAAUGGUUUUGUUCUACGAGCUCCACAAAUUCUGAAGGAGCUGCAAGAUAUUAUGCAUGCACAGGCUAGGGAAGCACGCGAUCACACCGAAUACGACCAUUUAUUGAUUAAUGCCCUUUCUCUCUUGGUCACAAUGGAAGGCGAAUGUGGAGAAGAUUUUUGGUCGUCCGAAAAAAUCCUGAAAUCCCUUGACCGAUUGUUUUUUAAUGACGUUGUCGAGCUGCUGAUUCACGCACAUGAAUGGAUCCGCGUGCGCAGUUUGGAAGCUUUUAAUCUCCUUCUGCAGCACAGCAGCCCCGAGCAUUUGAAGGCAAACCCGGUUUUCAAAGAGAAUUUUGAUGAUAAGUUGCAGAAGCUGAGCUCUAUGCUGCUGUACCAGAUUAAGUCAUAUUCCGACCGUGCAGAAUAUUUUUCAGCCUGGGCUUCCUGUAUGGUAUAUGUACUGCAAGCAGUGGAUGCGCUCCCCUGCUUGCCAGAGUCAAACCAGGCGGUUGCCAAGAAAGACGAGGAUUCUGAUGAUGAAAAUGUUCUGAGCUCGCGAAAGCGAGUUUCCGUUACUUUUCUCGCCCAGAAAAUUUGUAGAGAAGCAGUCUAUGAAGCUCUUCAUGAACCGCAGAAAAUCUCCAAGCGUUUGCAAGUGUUGAAGUUCAUAGAACGACUUUGUGGUAUUUUUCCUCGAAGCAAAUUCAUGGACAUCCUACCGUUCUGUUUGCAAGUAGUUUAUCGAUGUCUUCAUGAACCGUCAGCUCAGAAACAUGAAAAACUGAAAGAAUUAACUCAGGAAGUAGCGAAUGCGGUGGAGAAUCAUGUCGGCAAACAGAUUUAUGCUGAAUCCAUGCAAACAGUGAUAUCCAAAUCAUCAAAGCGCCGUGUGGAGAGAAAACGACAGCAAGCAUUAGAGCCUGUCUUGAAUCCGGAAAAGCAUGCGAGGAAGAAAAUCAAGAAACAGCAAACCAAAAAGGAAGUACGGAGAAAGCGCACUAGAGAUAUUGAAUUGGGGCGAACUGUAAAGCGGAAGAAAACAAAACUUACAGACUAAUCGCUUGAUAGCUGAUACUCGGAAGUGGAAGGUUACAUGUGAUAUAGUUUGGUUUGAGCUUGUUGUUCAUGGAAAGAUAAGUGUUUUUAAUUUGAUGUGAUGAUAAUGUUGUUAAUGACCGUAAAGAAAGAGUGUUGAUGGGUAAUCCUGUUAUGAAACAUUUUCAAACAAGGCAUUUUACCGGCAGACUUUCUUUAAGUACUGUAGGUUAACAUCUUUCAGCAAUCUCAGGUAAAUGGAACAUUCGUAUUUUCAUAUGAAUGUUAGCAUUUAUUUAAAUUGUAAAAAAAUCAACAGAACUAUGCCAACUUUCCGUGCUUAUUUGCUGAUGACUGGAAUAUCAGCGUUUCCGGUGCGUCGAAACAGGUAAUAGUGUAGAGGCAUAUUUUUUGUUGUAGUGCCUGCUCUUUUUUCUUUA